GUCACAUCAGGUCACCGUUAACACACCCACGGUGAACUGAGGGAAAUCUGCACUCACGGUUCACCUGAUCUCACACGUUCUCUUUUCGGUUUCAUUUCUCCUCGAGCAGACCCUAGAAUGGUGCCUAAACCUCGGCAUAACCUCCGUAACAGUCUACGCCUUCAGCAUCGAAAACUUCAAACGCCCCGCGCCCGAAGUCGACCUCCUCAUGGAACUCGCCACAGCCCAACUCGAACAAUUCGCGCUCAAUACCGAUUUCGUCCACCAAAACGGCAUCCGCGUCAACGUUCUCGGUAAUACCUCUCUCUUACCCCCCCACGUCCUCUCCGCUACUCUCAAAGCGGAAGAAGCCACGAGGGGUAAUACAAGAGUGGUGUUGAAUAUUUGUUGUCCGUAUACCUCACGCCAUGAGAUGGCGGAGGCGGUCAACAGGGCGGUUGGGGAAGUGCAGGGGGGGAAUUUGGGGGUGGAGGAGAUAAGCGAGAGUGUUUUGGAUGGGUUUAUGGGGACGGGCGGGCAGCCGGAUCUGGAUAUUCUGGUGAGGACGAGUGGGGAGAAGCGGUUGAGUGACUUUUUGUUGUGGCAGGUGUCGAAACCCUGCCAGAUCCGCUUCGUAGACGUCCUCUGGCCGGAAUUCACGUUCUGGGAUAUGGUGCCCAUCCUGCUGGCGUACCAGGCGCAUUAUCCGGAGAUGGUGAAGGAGCGGGCGGCCUUGGCUGCACAAAAUCAAACCUCAACGUCGAAUGGGGGGAAGGUGGUUGUUGGGGAUGCCGUGGCCAAGACGGCGAAGAGCAUACGCGAUCCUCGCGAUCCGGCGAUUGUUGUGCAUAAUCCGGGGAGGGUGGAGAAGCAGAGACGGAUGGGGAGUGCGGGGCAUUAGGUGUAUUUGAUAGUCUGAAGACCCUUAACGGGAUGCAGUGUAGGGUAGUGGAAGGUAGACAUCAGUUUUUGGCAAGGGCGAGCGGGGAUCGUCCCGGUUGUAGGGUGUCUAUUUACGUACGUAGUUUCAUAUCAUGUCAAUACCCUUCACACAUUUCUAUCAUAUUUUGUUUUCUCGGGGUUGACG